GGCUGAACUGGACUGAUGGCCAUGAUAACUUGUUACGUAACAGCCUGUUUUUCUUGAAGAACGACACUGCAGUGCAUCAGAUGUUCUCACCCAGACUGUGGCGGACCUUUCUGAGAACGAGAUGGCUUUUUUUCUGUAUUUUUCAGCGGAGACAUGGACUUUAAUCGCCAUUGUUAUUGCUCUGCUGGUGCUCUAUGGAAAUGCACCCUAUGGCUUUUUCAAGAAAAUCGGGAUCAAAGGUCCCAAACCGUUGCCGUAUAUUGGGACAUUUCUGGAGUACAGAAAGGGCAUCCACAAUUUUGAUAUGGAAUGUUUUCAAAAGUAUGGAAAAGUCUGGGGGAUUUUUGAUGGCAGACAACCCGUCAUGGCUAUAAUGGACACAAGUAUGAUUAAAACCGUCUUGGUUAAGGAGUGUUAUUCUGUCUUCACCAACAGACGGGAUCUGGGCCUAAAUGGACCUUUAAGUGAUGCUGUUUCAAUCGUAGAAGAUGACCAAUGGAAGAGGAUCCGCAGUGUGCUCUCGCCGUCAUUCACAAGUGGCCGACUGAAAGAGAUGUAUGGAAUAAUGUUGCAUCACUCAAGCAAUCUGUUCAGAUGUCUUCGGAAGAAAGCAGAAGGAGAUGAGGUCAUUGAAGUCAAAGAAGUUUUUGGACCUUACAGUAUGGAUGUUGUGACCAGUACUGCAUUCAGUGUGGACAUUGACUCCAUUAACAAUCCCUCUGACCCAUUUGUCUCAAACAUUAAGAGAAUGGUCAAGGUCAACAUCUUCAACCCCUUCCUUGUGCUUGUUGUUAUUUUUCCAUUUCUGCGGCCACUGAUUGAAAAGAUGGAUGUGACACUCUUCCCAGCUGAAGUGUUGACUUUCUUCUAUAACUUCCUAAAAACGAUCAAAUCUGACCGGAACAAAAAUGAACACGAGAACCGAGUUGAUUUCAUGCAGUUGAUGGUAGAUUCUCAAAUGUCAGACUCCAGCGUAGGAGAUGCAAGCAACCACAAAGGUCUGACUGAUAAUGAAAUCCUUUCUCAGGCCAUGAUUUUUAUCUUUGCUGGCUAUGAAACCAGUAGCAGCUCACUGUGCUUCUUAGCCUACAAUCUAGCAACACAUCCUGACAUCCAAAAGGUUCUGCAAGAUGAGAUUGAUGAAACAAUUCCAGACAAGGCUAGACCAAAGUAUGAAGACCUGGUGCGGAUGGAGUACCUGGAUAUGGUAAUGAAUGAGUCCGCAAGGCUGUUUCCUAUCGCCAGUCGUCUGGAAAGGAUAGCAAAGACCUCAGUUGAAGUUGACGGAAUGACCAUUCCCAAGGAAACUGUGAUCAUGGUGCCGGUUUACGUUCUUCACCAUGACCCUUCUUUAUGGCCGCAACCUGACUCUUUCAAACCUGAAAGGUUCAGCAAAGAGAACAAAGACAACAUAAAUCCUUACGCAUACUUGCCAUUUGGAGCAGGGCCAAGGAACUGUAUUGGCAUGCGAUUCGCUCUCCUAAUGAUGAAGUUGGCUUUGGUGGAGAUCCUGCAGCACUACAGCUUUGUCACCUGCAAGGAAACGGAGAUUCCGAUGACGCUGUCAAACGAACAAUUUACAUCACCUACGAAUCCCAUCAAACUGAAACUAGUGGCAAGGGAAGAUGCUCCAGAUUGUAUUUCAAGAGAAAUGUGAUUUUCUUUCAUAUAUUUUUUCUUUUACAAGAAUGACAUGGGACGUACGUAAUUUUGCGUCAGUAUUGACAUUAUGAUCUCAAUCAAUCAAAGGUUGAUUAUGUUCUACAUACAGUAUCUUAUCUUUAUAAGUCACAGUUACUUUAAAAAAGAAACUAAUCGAAUUGAAGUAACAGUAAAUUUGGCAUAUGUUUGCACGCAACUAACAACAAACUUUAUUGUAUAUUUAUGCCUGCUACAGAAAUGCUAUCUUUGACUUAAAUUCCUUUGAUGCUUAUCCAAUCACAGGCUGCAGCUACCUCCACACACAUGCUAUGCUAUACAUAAUGUAAACAAUGCAUAACAUAAUACAUUUAAGGGGAAAGACAGUUAAAAGAAAAUGGAAGAUGAUUACUGUUUUUCUGUAAAUGAGAUAGAACUACAAUAAAAACAGACUGUGUUUCAAGGCAGUGAAUUUCCUUCAAUUUACUCUUUAGAAUACCUCUUCACUGUUUUGACUGUCAUGAUAUUCUAGUAUAGUGUAUCUUAAAUGACUUGGGUCAUAAGCUAAUUAAAUAUUCACAACAUUUUCAUACUGUAACUUAUUUUCCCCUGGGCGCCACAGUCUGAAAAAUCUAAGCAUGCUGGGGACCUUUUUGAUAAAAAAAAAAGGCUAAAUAAACCCAAUAUCCAAACCAAUGUACUGUAGGCCUACAAAGAAGUGAUAUAUUGAUGUAAAAACAGCUAGUAUUAUUGGCAUCAACAUUUCCACUUUUUCUCCACAUCAUUUUGGUCCAUUUUUUCUCCUCACUUUUGCGGUUAUUAUUAUUGUUAGUUUUCUGGCCCCUGGACCGCAAUUUAAACUGGAUUUAUGAGUUACAAUGUUAUUCUUAUGAAAUUAUAUGUGCAAUGUGCAAGCGGUCAAACACCUACACUAAUUCAAAUCUAACACAAAGUGUUUGCAAAGUCCUCCGCAAACGUAAGCUUCUGUUCACACUAUAGUUUAAAAUGAUUUAUUGUUAUUUCAAUUUUCAGUGGGAUUUUCAGGAUUAAUGUAGCUGUUGUAUUGAGAUUUUUUUCGGCAUGCCUAAUACAAUUUUUUCCAAUUGCUUACAAACUAAAUUUUUAAUUUUCACACAGUUAACAAAGUCUACACACAGUAAGCAAAACCACUGUGCAGAUUUGCCUAAUAUUAGGCAUAGACUCAACUUCACAGUUUUUGCGAAAUAUUCCACACAAUGCUUUAGACACACCUGCCCAUCUUGCACAUGUGAUGUGGAUGAGAUAUAUGGCCUGAUCCAGCUAGACGGGCAGGUGAUGAUUAGAAUCAGUCACUGAGGCUUUUGAGUACAUUCUUUCAUAGAGUUGCUGUUGCCUAAGCAUGCACAUGUAGCCUAUAUAUUAUUUAUCCCCACAUUUUUUUUAAAAUCUUUUUAUUUGUCUCAGAUUGUAUGUCAUUGUUGACUACUGUUAUUUGUAACUUUACCUGACUGUGGUAAAAAUACAUAUUUUCAGUUUGCAGCAUCAUUGUUGAGCAGUUCCUGAAAAGAUGACAGUAUAUAAUUACUUUCUCCUUAGGUCCUUACGUAUAUAGGUUCACUUCGAAGUAAACAAUGACAAUUGCUAUGGAUGUGCCAAUAUAUUUUGUCAAGUUACAGUAAUCAUUCAUCACAUAUGUUAAAAAGGUUAGGUAAAAUGCCCCAAACAUUUGAUUUCUUAUAGUAUAAUAGUUUGUUUUUUACAAAUGUGUUUUGUAUUUAUCACUCUUCUGGGUAACUCACUCCAAUAGUGUCUUAUCAUUUGAAGUUUGUGUGAGUGAGAUGAAAAUAAAA